CCCUGCUACCUGGUCUGCCGGAAGGGACUGACCAAGCCUAAGUAUCUCGGAAAGGUUGGCCAGCCUCCGCUCCUCACCUAGCUCUGCGGCUCCCGGAGCGACGGGCCUACCACUCCCACAAGCCACCGCGAACUGGACAAGCCCGCCCCACCUCCAGACUCGGCAGGGCGGGGGAGGUCCAGACUCCACUUCCCGGCAGGCAGUGCGGGCGAGGGGCGGCACUUCAUUUCCCAGCAGGCUCCAGGCGGCGGGCGCCUCGGUGCCUUGUGUGGGAUGCCGCCACCCGCCGCCAUGGGGCUGAAGGCCGCCCAGAAGACGCUGUUCCCGCUGCGCUCCAUCGACGACGUGGUGCGCCUGUUUGCUGCGGAGCUGGGCCGUGAGGAGCCAGACCUGGUGCUUCUCUCCUUGGUGCUGGGCUUCGUGGAGCAUUUCCUGGCUGUCAACCGCGUCAUUCCCACCAACGUGCCCGAGCUCACCUUCCAGCCCAGCCCCGCACCUGACCCUCCUGGCGGUCUCACCUACUUCCCUGUGGCUGACCUAUCUAUCAUCGCUGCCCUCUACGCCCGCUUCACUGCCCAGAUCCGUGGCGCUGUCGACCUGUCCCUUUACCCUCGAGAGGGAGGUGUCUCCAGCCGUGAGCUGGUGAAGAAGGUCUCCGAUGUCAUAUGGAACAGCCUCAGCCGCUCCUACUUCAAGGACCGGGCCCACAUCCAGUCCCUCUUCAGUUUCAUCACAGGCACCAAACUGGACAGCUCUGGUGUGGCCUUUGCUGUGGUGGGGGCCUGCCAAGCCCUGGGUCUCCGGGAUGUCCACCUGGCCCUGUCUGAGGAUCAUGCCUGGGUAGUGUUUGGGCCUAAUGGGGAGCAGACAGCUGAGGUCACCUGGCAUGGCAAGGGCAACGAGGACCGCAGGGGCCAGACUGUCAACGCUGGUGUGGCUGAGCGGAGCUGGCUGUACCUGAAAGGAUCAUACAUGCGCUGUGACCGCAAGAUGGAGGUGGCAUUUAUGGUGUGUGCCAUCAACCCUUCCAUCGACCUGCACACCGACUCCCUGGAGCUGCUGCAGCUGCAGCAGAAGCUGCUCUGGCUGCUCUAUGACCUGGGACAUCUAGAAAGGUACCCCAUGGCACUAGGGAACCUGGCAGAUCUGGAGGAGCUGGAGCCCACCCCUGGCCGGCCAGACCCACUCACCCUCUACCACAAGGGCAUUGCCUCAGCCAAGACCUACUACCGAGAUGAGCACAUCUACCCCUACAUGUACCUGGCUGGCUACCACUGUCGCAACCGCAAUGUGCGCGAAGCCCUGCAGGCCUGGGCCGACACGGCCACUGUCAUCCAGGACUACAACUACUGCCGAGAAGAUGAGGAGAUCUACAAGGAGUUCUUCGAAGUGGCCAAUGACGUCAUCCCCAAUUUGCUGAAAGAGGCGGCCAGCUUGCUGGAGGCAGGCGAGGAGCGGCCAGGGGAACAGAGCCAGGUGCGGCAGAAGGUGCGAAUAGUCAGCCGGGAGGCCGAGGCAGCAGAGGCCGAGGAGCCUUGGGGUGAGGAAGCCCGGGAAGGCCGGCGGCGGGGCCCGCGGCGAGAGUCCAAGCCAGAGGAGCCUCCUCCACCCAAGAAGCCGGCUCUGGACAAGGGCGCCGGCCAGAAUGCGGUGUCCGCAGCCCCCCGGAAGCCCACGGGGACCGUCUCAGGCACUGCCCGAGGCCCUGAAGGCGGCAGCACGACUCAGGCGCCAGCACCUGCAGCGUCGCCGCCGCCAGAGGGUCCGGUGCUCACUUUCCAGAGCGAGAAGAUGAAAGGCAUGAAGGAGCUGCUGGUGGCCACCAAGAUCAACUCGAGCGCCAUCAAGCUGCAACUCACGGCGCAGUCGCAAGUGCAGAUGAAGAAGCAGAAAGUGUCUACACCCAGCGACUACACUCUUUCUUUCCUCAAGCGGCAGCGCAAGGGCCUCUGAGAUACCCAGGACUUCCUAACAGCCCACCCGGCCCCAGGGCCCGCCCUCUGUCCGCAUCGAGGCUCCACCCCGGUCCUCCCGCUCCGAGCCCAGGCUCCGCCUGCAGCGCUCCGUGGCCUAGGCCGGCGACCAGCUCAGGACUAGGCCCCACCCCUACCCGGAACCCAGGCUUCUGGUCCCUGGAAUACAGACUACAAAUCCCCUCUACCCGCGAUUUAAUAUUCUCUCCAGCUCAGAACCGAGGACGCUGCUCCCAGAAUUCCAGCAGGCUGAGUGAAAACUCACCCCAGGCCCUGAUCACCUAUCUUUAAAGGUCCAACCCCUGGAAACUCCGAUUCCUCCUUAGAAUGGAGGCGGUAACUUAGAGCCAAACCUAGAGCUACAAGUUGCUCCCAGCUCGUAGGGGCUGAGGUUUCACCCUUAACCCAAGAAGCACAGGUCCCUUCUCCAGCCCUGGAACCCAAAUCCCCUCUUAUCCCCUAGGAGUACAUUUCUACACUU